CCAUAUCCCACUCAGCAGUUUAGCGCGCUCUGACCGCGUGAUGUUUGACAAACCGUUAGCAUAGUUUAGGAAUAAUUUGUCUCUUCUGCACACGCGCCGUGUUGACAUUUCUGAUCAAAUAAUCAGCCUGGGGCGGUUUCAAAAUGGUUCCAGAAGACGUCCAGUUCAUGGCUCUUCUGAAAGGAAAACGCAUCAAACUGAUUCUGAAAAAUGCCUCAUACUUUGGCAUUGUUCAGGGAAUCAAUUCAAACAAGACAUUGGUUUUGGCUGACGUUAGUGACAGCAGUGGAUGCAGAUAUUCAGGAACUAUGCUUUUCUUUGGACGCGAGGUUCUGAAUGUUGAAUUGGAAAGCAAAGAAAAGGACGACAGACCAAUUAUCCAUGGCGCACCUGAAGAGCAGCUUGAUUUGGAGAGGUUCCAGUCAUACAGGAAGAUGAUGUCGUUAGAUGACCAUGAAGAGGAGUCCAUUAACUUUGAGCUCAUUGAUAAGAUCCAUGUCAAGUUUGGACCUGCUGUGAUGCACAUCAAUAAGGAGCAGGUGAUUGGUGUGGGAGGUGAAGGAGUUGAGAUCUUUAAAAAUGGAAGGUUGCGUUGGUUGCAGAUUGCCACCUCUAAGAAGGUUUAUUUGUUUGACAUCCUGCUGCUUGGAGCCCAGGCCUUUAAAAAUGGCCUCUCCAUGAUCCUUGAAAGUAAGCAGAUACUGAAGGUCAUUCAUGAUUGUAGAGCCAUUGCUGCGUGUCUUAUCGCUCAGUUCGGGGUCCAACUAACCAAUGUGUUUGACACACAGGUGGCGGAUGUCAUGUAUUUCUACUCGAAGACUGGAGGUUUUCUUCCUGACAGAGUCAGCACGCUCCCAGAGGUACUCAGUCACUAUCUGAACAUGCCCUCCUCCAAGCUCUCAUCUCUCCAUGUGAGGUUACAGCUAUCCAAGGAAGAAACUGAGAUGUGGUACAAGCGGCCUUGCCCCCUGCCCCUGCUGAAGGUGAUGGCGUUAUCUGUGGUCCAUCUGAAGCGGCUCAGACUGAUGCUGCUAGACAGGCUGAUGACCGACUACAUGGUCCUGGUGGACUCCUAUCUCAGCAGUAGCCUCGGUGAACCCGAUGGACUGGAAUAUGUCAUUAUGAAUAAUGUGUUGGAGUUGCCUAAGGAGCUCAGGCAGCUGGAUGAAAUGCGCAGUGAGCGGCAGGAGCGGGCUCGGAAACGCUACCCUGUCACAGAGCAAGGUCUGUUGGAUCGCUUCAACCCGUAUCCCGAUUCGGAAACCACACCAGCAGCAGAUGGGCACAGCAACACACAGUCUCACUCCCUGGAGGUUGAUGCUACACCAUGUCUGUCAUCAAAAAUGGAUCCUCCUGAUCCCCUGCAGGAUCCAAGUGUCUCCAGAGACCAUUUUCCAGAUGCCUCCUCUGAGCCUCAGAAAGAAAUACCUACAAAUACUCAUCUUCCUGCAACUUUAAACGAAGAAGUAAAGUGUAUGAUGGGGAGAGGAUGGCAGAUUGUGAAAGAGCAGUCAUCUACCCCAUUCCUCCCAUCCUUUGGGAGAGGUUUUCCCCUACAGAAGUCACACCCUCAGAUUCCUGGAGAGGGCGCUGGAGGCAUAAAAGCUCCAAUCUGGCAGGAGAAGAAUCUCUGCAUGAUGGCUCUGCAGUCACCAACAAAGUAAAGCUCCAGCCUGGCUGUGGAGAUGGAGAACUACCCAGAAAUUCUAGUGGUGUAGGAGAACCUCCUACUCACUAAUUCAACCAUUCACAAAUUUAAAUAUAUAUCCAUAUCCAAUAUAUCCAUCUCUGGUCUUAAAGUGCCAGCCUUUAAGACCAGAGAUGGAUAUAUUGGUUGUUUCCUUGUCUAUAACUGUUCUGACCAGUAGAUGGCAGUAAAAGUCCUUUUAUAAAAUUCUCCUCAGUUUUUGUAAAAGAUCAUUUUAAUAAAUAUCAUAUGAGCUUUAUGGCUGCUGGAAAGACAAACUGUUCCUUCCUGUUCUCUUUAAUUUUGUUUUCUAAUUUCUUUCCAUCUUAAUUGGGGUUCUGGAAAUGUCUAAAAGCGAUACCAGAAAGUAUUAGCUUGCAACAGUUUCUUGUUUUAUAGAUUUUCUUCUGAUUUAUUUUUUUUAAAGUGGCAAAAAAAAAAAAAAAAAGUUAUGACUGUUGAUAUAAAGUGAAACCACCAGCGAUGGUUAUUAAGGGGCCAUAUGUGUACAGUAUGUUACCGCCUGCCUGCUUCUGUUGAUUGUUAGAGGUAAUAAUGUGCAUUGAUGCAUGUGUUAACUAAGCUAAACAAUUGUUUUUACUUUUAAUAUAAAUAAACUGACCCAGUGACUCUC